UGUACAUAAAUGUACGUGUUAAUCAAUGUUUCAUUGUGGCUAUCAGAUGUAUUAUAUUGAUUUCAUAGACAACAACAUUGAACAUAUGAGCAAAAACAAUCAAGGAAAUUGCUCUCUUGUCUGAGUUCAUGAUGGCUGCUUCUUUUCGGUAUGUGCGACAAUAUAUUGGACCAGUGAAGGCUGUGAUUUUGGACUGGAGCGGUACAACGGCUGACAAGUAUGUUCUCGCUCCAGCUGUUGUUUUUGUUGAUGUUUUUAAGAAACAUGGAGUACCUAUCACAAUGUUAGAGGCACGCGAACCGAUGGGACUUAGGAAGGAUCUACACAUCAAGGCUUUGACGGAAAUGCCAGAUAUUCGACAACGCUGGAAAGAAAUGAAGGGACAGGAACCUACACAAAACGACGUAGAUAAAAUGUUUGCAGAUUUUGUGCCAAUGCAAUUAGCAUGCCUUCGUACGUAUACAGACUUAAUUCCAGGUACCAAGACUGCUGUACAACAAUUGAGAGACAAUUUUAAAGUAAAAAUUGGACACACUACUGGUUUCUUAAGCUCUAUGGUGGACGUCUUGUUAGAGGAUGCCAAAAAACAAGGAUAUGUUCCAGAUGCAUCGGUCGCCGGAGAUGACGUUAUCAACGGGGCACGUCCUAAGCCUUUCAUGGUUUAUAGAAAUAUGGAUUUACUUGACGUGAGUACGAUCCAGUCAGUUGUAAAAGUUGACGAUACGGUUUCUGGAGUUGGGGAAGCCCUUGAGGCUGGGUGUUGGGGUGUUGGCGUUUCUAAAUAUAGUAACUAUAUGGAUAUUAACAGUUUAGAAGAUGCCGAUAAAAUGACACCAGAGGAUGAAUUUAGAAAAAUUGAAAAGUCUCGUGAGAUACUACGGAAGUCUGGUGCGCAUUAUGUGAUUGACAGCAUUGCAGAUUUACCUGAAGUUGUGGAAGAAAUUAACCAGAGACUUAAGCAUGGAGAAAAACCUUAAUUUAAGUAUAGAAUAUGUGAAAAUUAUAGAUGACAUUUCAAAACUUGACCACAAUUUUCCCAUGGUUUAAUUACUAUUUAUUUUGAUACUGUCAAAAAUCACUAUCUUAAAAAAAAAUGUUACCGUCA